CUUAGCUAGUUUCCUGCAGAGCCGUCCCCCCACUAACUGAAUGCACACAGCGAGAGCAGCGGAAAGGAAAGCAAAGAAGGUUGGCGAGUUAAGAAAAUGGCGGCCAUGCAGGACGAAUGCCUCCCCUGGUAGAAGCUGCAAAUGUGUUGAAUUUCUAUAGCCUUACAGCCGGCUUUCAUUUCCACUCUGUUGCACUUUACAUUUCAUGAGAGAUUUGGAAUUGGAAGCUGUUGCCACCAAAGAAACUGAAGAGUCAAACAGGGAAACUGCCCACAGAAGGAGGAAGGGCAGUGAAUGAGCAAGACAUUGAGUAAGACACCCUCCACAGAUAUCAAGUCCAGACUGGGUCCUGAUCAUUUGCCUGCCAAUCUGAACAACAACCUCUCCAUUACACACACACACCCUCUCUCUCUCUCUCUCUCUCUCUCUCUCUCUCUCUCUCUCUCUCUCUCUCUCUCUCUCUCCCUCUCUCUCCCUCCCCCCCCUCUCUCUCUCUCUCUCUCUCUCUCUGCUCCAAACGUCUCCAGCAAUGCCAUCGGGGUUUGAGCCAGCUGCUAGCCCCUCUUGCGUCCUCCCCCUGCGCACCCAGCCCUGAACUCUGACUUUUAACCUCUACCUGACCCUGUGACUCUGGGAGAUCCAGAGCAGACGACCUCCACACAGCCAGGGGGCGCCCUCACCCUGACUGCCAGCGGACCGGCAGCAAUACUCACAGGCAUGGCUCCUAUUCGGGACUCGGUCAGCCACUCCCCUAACCAAACAGGUCUGGACCACCCUGGCCUGGACUCACAGUAUGAGAGUUCUCCCUGGUCCUCCGGCGCUCCAUGCAGCAGUGACAGCAACAGUAACUGGGGCAAGGUGCUGGUAGACUCUGUCUGCAGCGACAAGCCUUCCCCCCUGGCCUCGUCCUCGACUUGGCCCUCCUCCAGCUCCAACUCUGCAGCCGGCAGCAGCUCCAGCACCGGCAGCGACCCUGAGCUCACUUCAGAAUGCAUGGAGGCGGACUCUAGCUCGGGCUCCGAGAAGAACCUGCCCUCCGCCGUGAUGGCGGCGGCCCCCGGGACGUCCUCGGUACCUGGCGCUAAUGUCAACGGAGACAAUAACGGGAACCGGCAGCCAGGAGGGAGCCAGUCGAACGGCAACGCCCCUCUCGGUAAAGGCGGCAGCAGUAACGUCACGACGUGUAACCGGGCGAUGAAGGGCCCCUGGGGGGGUGUGGCUCACAGCUCCGCCCCCCAACGACGCCACCCCGUCCGAUGGAAGCCGCGCACUAAGCUGGGUCCCUGGACGUCGACCAAUGGAGGGGGGGGUGACCCCUGGCACUUUGCACCCAAACGGCAACCACAGCUCCUGGUCAGCCCCCCAGGGGUCCGGGGGCGGUAAAUCAAGCCUUCAGGGAGGCCCCCUG